AUGGGAGAAAAAACUCAAACUUUGAGCAUGUCCAGCAAGAAGGUGAAGGGCCUUCUUAAAGGCCUUAGAUACAUAUCUCAAAUAUUUGAAAAUGAAAAAGAACAAGAAAUACAAAUUGGAUGUCCUACAGAUGUAAAGCAUGUGGCCCAUAUAGGAUGGGAUGGACCCUCUGUAAAUUCCCCCAGCUGGAUGAAUGAAUUUAAAACCACUCAAGGAUUUUCAUCGGCACCAAUGACUCUUACAGGAGAUGGGCAAAAUAAAGCAGAUGAUAAUCCAGUUAAAUGGAUUUCAGAAGAUUCAAAGAGACAAAAUUCAAGGAGUGUGAAUUCUCAAACUCAAGGGAGAGAUUUGCCUGAAUUGCCAAGAGCAUCAAGAAAACAAACAAAUGGUAGCUCAAUAGAUUCUCCAACAAGAGAAAAGCCAAGACAAAGAAAAUCAUCAUCUAAUAAACCCUCAAACCUCAAAGAAUCUUCGGAUGGAUCCAAACAAACCCAACAACAACAGCUCAUGUCCAAUGAUUCAGAGAUCCAACAAUUAGAUGGGUCAGAGGCUCCGAAAAAGAAUCGCCGAAAGAAGUCCAAAGAUAAAGAAAAUUUAAGUGGUGGAUCAUCCAAAUUGAGAGUGAAAGCCCAAAAAUCAUCAGAUUCGAAUUUGGAUUAUGCAUCUCCAUCUUCAAAGCCUAGGAACAUACCAAGUUCCUUUGAAGAAAAUGAGAAUUAUGAAAGAGGAAUGACUAGGGUAUCUUGAGGAAUUGUUGUUGUAUUUUCAUGCUAUUAGUUAGAGUGUUUCAUAGAUAUAAUUCUUUGAAUUUCAACGUGAUAUUUUUUAAUUUGAAAACCAUUCUUUCUUUCUUUUUUUUAACUAGAGAGUCUUAUUUUAUUUACACAUUGUUGAUACUUGAUAUAUGUAAUUACUA